AGAGCAGACAACCCCUCGCCCACCUGCGAUUCUCAAAACCUCCAACAGAUAUCGCUACCCUCUUUAUCUGCUCCAGGCUUUGUAACACAAUCACCACCAUGUUUGAGGGGCAAGUUCGUGUCGAGCAAUCUCGCGCUGCCUCGCAAAGAAAGGUUCACCAAUCUCCUUUUGCGUCCACCACCAAACCAGGUGUCUACCAGACUCCUCCCCCCUCUCAGGCUACUUCAGAAGUUCUAUCGCCUGAUGGAUCAUCUAACAUGCAGUACUAUCUUACUCAAGGGUUAGAAGAUGCAGUCCAUAGAGAAUUUGUGGACAACCACUCGUUCGCAGGAGCAGUUAAGUCACAAACAAACGCAUUACGUCUUCGUAAUGGGGGACAGUACCUUGUAUUUUCCCCCGUAAGCGAAGAACAACUUGCAGAGAUCGAACGCCUACGAGACGCAAACUACAAACAACUCCAUUUCCUCUAUAUCAACCCAGCACAAACUUUGAUUGCUAAACUCAUGCCGAGUGGAAUUCAUGAGGUAGCGACAAGCGAGUUUGGCCGGAUGCUAUGGAAGAAGACAGCCAGUAUGGGUGACGACCUUGAUGAGGAUCUACUUGACAUGCGGGGUACACGGUACAAGGGGGUUUCGAGCAGUAAGGAAGCUGAUUCUGCUUUCCGACCCGAGUCAUCCCGUCCUCAUGAAACAAACUGGCCCACAGUGGUAGUUGAAUCUGGUGUGUCGGAAACACUAGAACGCUUGCGGGUUGAUGCCAAGUGGUGGCUUUAUAACUCCUCAGGGGAUGUCCGUAUUGUUCUACUUUUUGCCAUCAAGGAAGUAGGGCAAGAGAUUCUGAUAGAGCAAUGGGAACUUUGCCCUACCGAGAAUCAGGCCAAAACCCGCCUUCAUCCCAAGGAUAUUAUUGAGAUGCCUACAUGCGCUGCAUCUCUUAAUAUUCUCCCAGCAGGCACUACCGAACCGGGUGCUUUCCUGCCAGUUGCCGGAUCCAAGACAGAUCCCCCUGCUCUCACCCCAGUCAGCCCUUCCGAACCUGCUGGAGUCACCCCGGUCAACCCUUCCGAACCUGCUACAGUCACCUCAGUCCACUCUUCCGAACCUGCUGCUAUCACACUGGUCAACCCUUCGGCGUUUGUUGCGAUUACCGGAACGGACGAUACCACGUCGGUUGUUGUUCGAGGUCUUAAACUAAAUUUCGAAAAGAUCUUUGCUCGGAAGCCACUCCAAGGCAGCUUGGAAAAAGAUAUCGAAUUCACGGGGCGGGACUUUGAAAAGUGGGCACAGAAGCUCUGGCGGCAGAGAGAUUAAGAACGGACUUCCUGUUGAAUUUGGUAAGUUUCUACCUGCCUGCCAUGUUAGAUAUUUUUGCUCACAUACUAGAAUAAUAGCGGUUCCCUUGUGGGACAAUUGCGGAUCCUCUAUGGGUAUUGUAUUUUUAUGCGAACUCUUUCUAGGGGUGGUGGUAGGAGGUGGGAGCUUUACUAUGGAUGGCUUCUUGAUUGUUAUUAUUUUUUGCUCCUUUUAGCUUUUUCCAUUGUAUGUAUUAUAGUCAUCAUGAUAUAGAAUAACCAAGCUAGAGGUCCUCAGUCAUGUAAACAAAUUGUGAUGGUAGCUGUGUUAAUUACUACCCUCACACUCUCUUAUUGCUUGCAGUCCUUCGUCUCCUUGAAUCUCCAUAAUAUUCACUAUUUCCUUUCCACCUCUACCUUCGUACCGUCAUGUGGCAGCAGCACAAUAACAGUCAUUGCUGAUAGUCCUUUUUAUACAACAAGUGCCAAUUUUGAGAGCAGCGGAACUCCACCACCUACCCUGCUAGCCAACUCUUUUCUUAUAACAGUGAUUGGGAGUGGAGACAACUCUCACUUGUAGAAACCCACAAUGUUGAGCCACGAAAAGUUCUGUUGAACCGCAAAAAGUUGUGUUAUGUCACAAGUUAUGUUGAGCUGUCAAGUCAUGU